AUGGAGCAGUUCGGUGAAGAAAUCGUCGCUCGCCCUGGAAGGUCAGUCGUUGGAGCAGCAAGUCUGCUAGUCGGAGCAACAUCGUUGUUUUUCUGCGCAUAUACCAUUGGACUAUGGAUCUACAACCUGUACUUCCACCCCUUGUCCAAGUUCCCAGGGCCGAGACUCAACGCCGUGAGCCCACUACCUGGUAUCUAUUCACUCCUCCGAGGUCGCCUCCCGCUUGAUAACAAACUCUUACACGACAAAUAUGGGUCGGUUGUACGAGUCUCUCCCAACGAGCUUGCAUUCAACUCAGCACAAGCAUGGGAGGACAUCUACGGACACCGGCAAGGGAGACCGAAUAUGCACAAGGACCCAAUUCAUGUGGGCUCGGUCGACCCCUUGCCUGGAGCUUCCACCCUCACAAUGGCUGACGAUGAGAAUCACGCCCGUCAGCGGCGAGCACUCGCCCACUCUUUCAGCACUAGAGCGCUCCUAGAGCAAGAAGACAUCAUCCAAGGCUAUGUUUCUUCAUUGAUUAAGAAUCUCGACCGCAUGGCCGAUGAUUCCGAGGAUUUCAACAUGGUCAAUUGGCUCAACUUCACUACUUUUGACAUCAUAGGCGACCUUGCAUUUGGCGAGCCCUUCGGGUGCCUCGAACUGGGAGCAUUCCAUUCCUGGGUUGCGCUAAUCUACGAAACAGUGAAAGUCGGCGCCCUCGAGCAAGCAACCCGCCGCUUCGCCCCUGCGGGUUCCUGGCUGCAGUCACAACUUGUCAACAUGAUCCCCCGGCAUGUCCGCCAGCGCCGUCGUAAUCAUCUCACUUACUCCAAAGACAAAGUUCUCCGCCGCCUCGCAAACGACCAAACAGAGCACAAGGAUUUCAUCUACUACAUCCUCAAGCAGCGCGAGAAGCAUGACCUGAAAGAAAAUGAAAUUGUGCUUAAUGGUGCACUCUUCAUUGUUGCCGGCUCGGAAACCACCGCAAACCUGCUUUCCGGGCUCAUUGCACGCCUAAUCUGGAACCCAGAUAAACAUGCCAAACUGUGCUCCGAGAUCCGUGCUGCCUUCACCUCUGAAGACCAGAUUACUUACGACUCCACGUCCAAACUCGUCUAUUUGAGCGCGUGCCUCGAAGAAGGCUUGCGUAUCCACCCACCCGUUCCGACAGGGCUACUGCGCACUGUUCCCGCGGGAGGGGACAGUGUUGACGGCCAUUGGGUUCCCGGUGGUACAUCCGUAGCAGUUGGCAGCUGGGCGGCGUCGCAUAAUCCGGCACACUUCAAGGAGUGCGACUCUUUCAUACCUGAGCGCUUUAUCGAUCCUGCAUACAACACUGACAAUAAGAAAGGUUACCAGCCUUUCUCCCUUGGGCCGCGUGGCUGUAUAGGCAGAAAUCUGAGCUACAUGGAGAUGAGACUGAUCUUGACUAGGUUGCUAUGGAACUUUGAUGUUGUGAGUGUUGAUGGCGCAUGGCAGUGGGACCCGGAGGGUGAGAUGCGGAACAUGCGGGCGUUCAUGACAUGGGAGAAGCCUGACUUAAAUUGUAAGGUUGUAAGAGUGAAGAGAGGCUAG